GUGCGUGCGAGUGUGCAGCGGUCCCGAGAGCUGCUGCGAGAGACCGGCGUGGAUUGGAGUGCGCGCGAGGGUUAGAUACGUGGCUCGCGCGGUUAACAGAAAAAUAGAGAGAGAGAGAGAGGGAGAUAGAAAGAGAGAAAGAGGGCACAAAUAGGCUAGGCGCGUCGUUCAUAGUGGAGGAAUCAGGGGACCAUGAUGCCCCCCAUAAUCGGGGAAACACUGCGCGUGUGGUUCCUCUCGGCGCUAGUCGUCCACGGAGCCGUCGCCGGGAAUCCGGACGCCAAGCGCCUCUACGACGACCUGCUGUCUAACUACAACAAGCUCGUGCGCCCCGUGGUGAACACCUCGGACGUGCUGCGCGUGUGCAUCAAACUCAAACUCUCGCAACUUAUUGAUGUGAACUUGAAGAACCAAAUCAUGACGACGAAUCUGUGGGUCGAACAGUCAUGGUACGACUACAAACUGCGCUGGGAGCCGAAGGAAUACGGAGGAGUUCACAUGUUGCACGUGCCGUCCGAUCACAUAUGGCGGCCCGAUAUAGUGCUCUAUAACAACGCGGACGGCAACUUCGAGGUGACCUUGGCCACGAAGGCCACGAUCUACCAUCAAGGAUUGGUCGAGUGGAAGCCGCCGGCCAUAUAUAAGUCAUCCUGCGAGAUCGACGUGGAGUACUUCCCAUUCGACGAGCAGACCUGCGUCCUCAAGUUCGGUUCGUGGACCUAUGACGGCUUCAAGGUCGACCUGAGACACAUGGACGAGAAAUCCGGGAGCAACGUGGUGGACGUGGGGGUCGACCUGUCCGAAUUCUACAUGUCCGUAGAAUGGGAUAUUCUAGAAGUGCCUGCAGUUCGAAACGAGAAAUUUUACACCUGCUGCGACGAGCCCUACUUGGACAUCACGUUCAACAUCACGAUGAGGAGAAAGACUCUCUUCUACACGGUGAACAUCAUCAUCCCCUGCAUGGGGAUUUCGUUUCUCACGGUUCUCACGUUUUACCUGCCCAGCGACAGCGGUGAAAAGGUAACGCUCUCGAUCUCGAUUCUCAUCAGCCUUCACGUGUUCUUUCUGCUGGUCGUCGAGAUUAUCCCGCCGACAUCGUUGGUCGUGCCGCUGCUCGGAAAGUACCUGAUAUUCGCCAUGAUACUCGUCUCGAUAAGUAUAUGUGUUACCGUUGUCGUCCUCAACGUCCACUUCCGCUCACCGCAGACGCAUAAAAUGGCACCCUGGGUGAAGAGAGUUUUUAUACACAUUCUUCCGCGGCUCUUAGUCAUGAGGAGGCCACAGUAUAAAUUCGAAACUAACAGGUACACUUCCGGCAGAGUGCUAAUGAGGACCGUCAGGGGGAAGGAGAAGACCUGCUAUUAUCCUUACCACCCGUCUACCCAGCAGGAGGACAGCGAGGAGCAUCUCACAUCCAAGAGAUUCCACAGCCGUCCUUCGUCAAAGGAAGACCUCUCGCCUUCCAGCCUUACAGACGGUGCGAGGUUCGGCGGUAGCUGCCUGAUCCACGGUCCUCCUCUGCCACCCCUGCCGUUGCACACCGAGGAUCUCUCGGUUGCCGGGGACGCGGGCAUAGAGGAAGUGAAAAGCCCGGUGCUGCGAAGCCCGCCCGCCUUCUCCCACUCUCGCUGCCCGCCGGAAGUGCACAGAUCCUGCAUCUGCGUGCGUUUCAUCGCCGAGCAUACCAAAAUGCUCGAAGACUCGACCAAGGUCAAGGAGGACUGGAAGUACGUGGCGAUGGUCCUGGACCGGCUGUUCCUUUGGAUCUUCACCCUGGCGGUGUUGGUGGGCACCGCCGGCAUUAUACUGCAGGCGCCCACUCUCUACGACGACCGUGUGCCGAUCGACAAGAAGUUCAGCGAGUUCGCCACCACGACGGUGGUGAAGUGCCCGCCCCAGUAGUCCAUGCCCGAGCCCUGCACCGUAGAGAAAGACUAAGGACCAGAAGCCCGGACCUAGUCUUAGGAGAGUCCGCGAGCUCCGCUUCCUUAUCCUCCUCAACGACGAAAUUACGGCAAAAGGGCUCCGCAAGGAACGUUCUCUCGGAAGAAGAACGCGAGAACGUUGAUUGAUCGGGAAGAGUCGCCUCGAGAGAUGAGGCGAUUCUCGUAGACCGGAAACGCGACGGACAUACGGGAUCUCGAGAGAUCCCGGCGAAACCUCACGCGCACCUACCAUAGUCUGCUCAAGUAAAUCGUAAAUACGAAGCUGCCACUACUUAAUCGGGUAAUCUAACACAUCAGGCUGACGGACGUUACGGUGUAACGUUGUACAGUAAUUUUAGCGCCUCGAAGAACAAGAGAAAAGUCGUUCGCGUAUCGUUCCGGUCCAGGUAAGGCAAAAUAACGAGCGAUGAAGGUUAAUUAACUCCAGGCGGUUCUUCUCUCACUGUCCGCCUGAUAAAUGUAUAAUCCGUGACGAGGAAGCCGGUGCGUCGUCGUUUCGCACCGAAGGAUCAGCAGCGUCGAUUUUCCUCGCGUACACAUUUUUUAUACCGCGACAUCGUCGGAUGGGUGAGGCGCCGCGACGGCGCGAACGACACGUCGCUCGCAUUACUCGAGCUAAUUAGUUAAGCACCGCGUAGCUAGCUCGUCGUACACAGACCUAGGGUGUAACCUUACUCGAAGUGUAACCAGUUGAUAAUUUUAGAGACGUACCCGUUUAUACGAGCAUAUGUAUUUAAGAGAGCGACACACGAGCGCGUCGGUUGCGCGAAGUCACCAUCUCUCCUCCUCUGAGCACUGCGAUUGUUCUUUCCAUAAAAGCUGCAGUCGGCAACACUCCUCUUGCGUUGCCCACGCGCUUCAUCUUGGCGCUGUAAAUACCUUUAUUCGUGCGCCUCUUCGUUAACGUUUGCCGCGAUUUCGCCCGACUUCAUCCUUUUCUCGCAUCGCGAGCGAAAAGGCGCGUCGAGGGGGACUCGCGUCGCCGACGCGUCUCGCGUUACCUCGUCCCGAUGAAAAGAAGAAAAAUAUUGUAUUUUGUAACGAAAACAAAAAAAACUGAAACACGCGAAAUACUACAAUAAAGGUAACCGAUAGUACGGUAAGAACAAGUAAAGCAUACGAAUUCUAAAGCUGAUAGUUGUAGGGAAUUGAACAACCGCUGUUGUUCAAUACCGUAGUUCGUGGUCGUUGUCACACUGUGAGUCGUCAUUCAUGAUUUCGCUUUUGUUUUCUCUUCUUUUUAAACAGUUACGCGUCAUGUAUGAUACUUAUCAUUGUGGUUAAAUCGCGUUAGUCGCAAUUACGGGCCGUUAUACUCGCGAGAACGUAACUUAACGUCGGAGAAUCGUGGACAAAUGUGUUCGGAUCGCCGAUUGUACGCGUAUCUCGCGGGGAAAAUACUUCGAACGGGACGUUCCGUACACAAUUCGAUUAGCAAAAUAAAACACCGAGCACGCUAUUAAUUUAAACGAGACAGUGUCGUUGCUUCGAGCUGAAAAAAGAGGAGGAAGGACGACCGAUUAUUCUCUCGAUCGAAGCGGACAACCGAUUUCUUUCUGUACUGAUUUUUCUAUCAGAGAGAGAAAGAGACAAACAGAUUGACGGUUCGCGAUUGAUCGCGUGUCGAUAACCCUUUUCUCGGUCGACGAUCGAUACUCACGUCGACGUCCUCGAUUCUCCGACGUUCUUAGGACUCCUCUUAGCCGUAACUAACGCGUAAUGAUUUUCGCGCAUCCUAGCAGCAGAUAUAACGCCAUGGUACGUUUUCGAUUGUAAAUAUAUUAUUACGGUGAGGAAUAACGAGAUUCCCCCAUUACUACUGCCAUUAAAGAAAAAAAAGACGCAACGCGCCGGUACUUUAGAGAGCGUUUUCGCGCCGUCACUUGGACGGCUCGUCGAUCGUUCGCUCGAGAAUAAUUUCGGCGUGCGCGAUCGUCGUUAUAAUUCUCGAUCGCUGAUCUCGCUCGACGUCGUGCGAGUCGAGAAGCAGAGUUGCCCCGCGCUCGGACAAUUCUUUUCUCGAAAGAUUCGAACGGUCGUCUCUCUGUGCUAGUCGCCGCGGCGAUCGGCACCGAUCGAGUCUGUCUGUCUAUGCGUGUGUGUGUGUGUGUAUGAGUGCCGGGAUAGAGAUGAGCAGAGCAUUCCGAUAUUUCGAUAAUUACGCCAUCACCGCGAAAUACAAAUUUGUAUCAGAUUAUAUUCAUCAGCUGAUGUAUCUCAGUGAAGGGAAAGACAGAAACAAGAAACCGUUCAUGCCCAUCUCCGAGUACCAUCGCCAAGUGAGGUCACGUGCGAGGGUGAGGAUACACGCUGAUCGCUACCUGAUUGAAAAUCGUCCAGUGAACCGCCGAAACGCAUUAAACUUGUGGGAGGUAAGAGGGCGUGCAUUAGGAUUGUAGACUCGACGGAUUACUCUCCUCUCAGCGGGAGAGCGAAACAAAUCUACUCCGCACUAGGUCGUUAGGGAAAACAACGCACACGUUUUCUAUGAUAGAGCUACGUAUUUACUUAAUUAUUACGAAAUAGCGCCGCUCACGCGACACAGCGGCGACACUCGUAUCACGAAGAUCACGAGGAUCGCGGGUGACCUUAGGCUACGGAAGGACGAGAACGAGAGAGAGAGAGAGAGAGACGAGGUGUGAAUAUAUGGGGCAUGCAGACUUAGAUAAUAGAUGAGAUUAAAAGGAUAGGUUUAAGAUGUAAAUACCGUGUAAAUAGCGAUGCGUAGCGUUAAGUCGAGAGGCUAUAUAACAAUUGGGCCUUUUUUUUUACAAUCUCUUCAGACAUACUUAUCCCUCCGAGAAAACCCUCUUUAAUACACCGACGUCGUACCCCUCUUUGUAACACAACAGUGUGUAUUAUUUCAGCACCUUCUGAAUUAUUUCGAGCCUUCAUAUCGCCCGGAUGUGAAAAACACCCUCUCUAUCCGAUCGGAGAAUGGCCGGAAAUGAUUUUCUACUAUCGGGAGAGAUAACGACGGGAGUUGGUAAAAUAGUUCACUGUGAGCGACGUACUGCUCGCACUGAUUACUUUUAACGCAUAAUGCCAUAUAUGUAUAUUGAAAUACCAAUUUAUCGUCCGUUAAAUUUGAUAAUGGAAUUUUAUUAAUGAAUUAAUUUGCAACCUACGAUGUCGUUAUUUGACUCAAGUGCGCGUGACAUUUUUCUAUCGCAUUUAACAGUUGAGAAAAUUCGAAACGCGUGUUGGAAAACACGAAGAAAUCGAAUAAAUGUUUAACGCAGGAUCUCUGAAAGAUUCGUGUUACUGGAGUUAACGAAGGGAUGUGAAAAUCCUUGGGAAGACGCGAAAGUUUCCUCGGACAAUAGGAGGUUGCUCAUACACUCUUCUUGUGUAAAACUCACGCGAUUCCUCAAAGCGCGUCACUACGAGAAUCGGUUAAAAUACCGGCGAGAUAAAAUAUCGCUCCUCGACGUAGAAACGCGCAAAUUCGACGGAUAUGUCGUUUCUAUUAUCAUUUGUAUCGGCGCAAAUUAUUUUACACGAUUCCGGAUUCGGAAAUCGUCGCCGAAAUUUGAAGGGAGAGAGAGAUUGAGAGUAACCUAAUGCGAUAAAUGCACUUUUCGACACGCGAGCUCGCUCAUCGCGCCCGAUAUUAACGAUUCACACGUUACCGUGUCGAUAUACCGUGUGUUCGCGUAAUGCGAUAAUAGGACGCGUCUGAUAAAAUUGAAUGAAUUGUAUAAAGACAAUAACACAUUGAAACCUCUUCGAUUGGAGGGAUUAUUUGCGAAACAAGACGUAUCCUCCGAAUCAAACUGUUCAGAGGAUAUCUACCAAUAACACGCAUAACUGAAACUUUACAAGUAGCUAUAAUUGAUAUCCCGCGAGGGAUCGAUUCGACCAUCAUAUGUAGUUAAUAUAGAACACCUUCGUGAUGUCGAUGUGGCGAAAAAUGCGACGGAAUAAUCAUACGACGGGGUAUCGUGCUAUCAAUCUCGAUCAACAACGGAUGCGCCUUGUUUAAGAGAUAAGCCCUUUAAUUAGAAAUCGAGCGAUAAUGUUUUUAUAAGCACGUUGUCUCAGACUAAAGGCGUUCUCUCGGACAACUGGACAACCUCUCGGAUGCCAUUUCAUUCGCGAACGGAUGGAAUUUAGCGCCAAAUGCGGCUCUCGUUCGCCACAAGGGGCGGUUUAGUCGCGUUCGUGUAAAAGCGGCGCGCAACACACAUCGCAUUUGGCGCUAAAUGCGCGACGUAUGAAAAAUCGCUUCAGCUCCGGCUGAAAACGCCCGGCGAUGAACUGCGUGCGGCGACACAUAUUCGCGAAGAAUCGAGAGACUGAGACUUGACGUGUGUUUAGGACCCGGAUUUAACAGCCGCCAUUAAUCUCCAACAGGCCGAGCCCUACCCGAGACGAUAAAUCAUCGCUUCCACCCUUAAACACGUGUUUGAUAGCUUGCGAAUUCCGUACUUAACGCAUUUAACGAGUUAGGCUAAUGGGACACGCGUGUAAGGACAACGGUGCAGGCGAUAGAUGACUGUAAAACGAUAACGAUAUUCUAGCGUGUUAUAAAAC